GCUUCAUUGAAACCUGUAUAAAUAUGAAUAAAAACAAUCAGUCAAAUUUUGGUUACAAAUGUCGGAUGUGUACUUGUAUAUUGUUUUACAGUUGUUUAUUUUUGUAAUAUAAAUGAAAUUUAAUCCAUGCCGUGAGAAAUGUGGUGAAUUUAGUGUGGCAUAUCCCUAUUAUACAAUUGGACAUUUGUUUUGUAUAGAUUGUUGAGAAAUGUCAUUGAUGAAUGUGAAGAAUUUGUGAAGAUGCGAUUAUUUUUCGUAUUUGGCGUCGUGCCAUAGUUUUAAUUGCAGUUUAAUAGAGGAUACGAAUCAUGAAGUGGUCGGCGCUGAUUAUUUUCACGUUGUUAUGGGUUCAAGGAGUGUUCGGUUAUUGCCCAUCGUUGUGUUCUUGCAAGGGGAAUAAGGCGGCUGACGGGGCGUCAGCGGAGCCCCUGCCCGGCGAGCUGCUUAGGCUCAAGUGUGGUGGGAGCCCGGCGCAGAUAACCGAGCUCAAGGAGAUAGAUUUAAGCAAAUUAUGGACUAUAGUAGUAAGCUUGAAUCUAUCGGGAAACGCGAUCUCCACGUUAUCGAGGGAGCUAUAUUUACCAAAUCUACAGAAACUAGAUCUAAGCAGAAACCAGAUAACAUUAAUAGAAUCAGAUGCUUUCUACAACAUGACGUCACUGCAGAGGCUAGAUCUGUCCUACAAUCAAAUCAGCAAUGUGUACAAGGAGAUGUUCAAAGGACUGACCAAUUUGGAGAGACUGAUAUUGUCACAGAAUCACAUAUCUGCUAUGGCAAGCGGCACAUUUGAUCAUCUUAUUGGAUUGAAACAAUUGGACAUAACGGACAACCCGUUAGUGUGUGACUGCGACCUCUUAUGGGUAGGCGACUGGUCUCGGAACACGAGCGUCAAACUCGUAGGGAACCCAAAAUGUGCGUUCCCAGAAAACAUGGUCAACAAAAGUGUUCGCAAACUGAAAAUAUUCCUAGAUCUGUCUGCUUGUGGCAGUGUUCUAUCCUCCAACACUCUGAUCGUAAAACCAGCACACGACCAAGUUGUAUUCGUCGGUGAUAUGUUGACUCUAUCUUGUAACGCGCCUUUCGCCUCUGUCUUAGCCAAAUACGAACUUCGAUGGGUGCACCCAGUGUUAGAAAUCUGUGACGUCAACAUAACCAACACGGAUAUGCAGGAAGAAGGAUUAGCUGAGACCACAAUAGUCUUUUACGUCACACAUCACCAUAUGGGAACAUGGACCUGUAUGUAUACAGACCAGAACCAUAUACGACAUAACCAUACGGUUGAAGUGACAGUGUUAUCGAAUGUCACAGAACAUUGCAACACGAGUCACUCGGUAACUAAUAAAGGGUUGUAUUCGUGGCCUCAGUUACUGCCUAAUCGAACAGCGGUAGUGCCUUGUCGGAGUGGUGAAGGGUCGGCGUAUCGGUCUUGCAGUUCUAAUGCGACUUGGGGACCAUCGAACACCACAGAAUGUUCCUACAUAAGUAAUGUGACGAAGUUGCUUCAGCAGUUUGCGCUUUUAAACGUGAGUUUGGUGCAGUACUCCGCUGUGAAUGCGACCGAGAGACUAGCUAUGCUGAUCCAGGAGAAAACGUAUCCGUUAGCAGAGAUUAGCGAUCCAGAUGAUGUUUUGUUUAUUGCCAAAGCUAUAAGGAAUUACAUGCAGUAUAUUGCUGAAGAGAAAGAUUUGGGUCCAACCCUUCUAGAUGUGAUUAGUUCAGCAAUGAACAUCAGCAUGUCUGUAAUGGCGCAGGCGGAGUCCAUGUAUGGUGUCUGCACUGAUAUGGCGCAAGCGGCCGAAGAAAUAACGCGGUACAUCGCUAAUAUACAAGGACAAAAGUCGAACCUAGCGGUGGAGCGUUUCCGCGUGGGCGAGGGCUUCGGCGGGGCCACGUGCGUGUGGUACAGCGCGGCGGGGGCCGGGGCCGCGGGGGCCGGGGCCGGGGCCGGGGCCGGGGCCGCGGGGCCGCGCCUGCACUGCACUACGACCAACCGCACGGUGGCGCCGCUACUCACCGUCAGCGACGCUCUCAUACACGCCAGCGUGCAGAUACCACAAUCCCUACUAUACAGCACGACCGACUCCGGCGUCCUACUCCAAUCCCACCCCCACGACCUGGUCAUAUCGGUGUACGAGGACGCCGCGCUCUUCCCUCUGCUGCCAAUAGCUGACGACGACUCGGACGCGAGGCUCACAGGACACAGGACCAAGGACUACUACGGCAGGAGUACCAAGAGGGAGGAUAUGAAUAUGGAGAUCACUUCGCCUGUCGUUGGGUUUCAGUUAAGAAACGUAUCUCUCCGCGGAGAGCUACUGGAGCCUAUAAUAGCGACAGUCCGCGCGCGCUCGGUGGGCGGCGUGGACGGACGCGCGGCCGUCUGGGACCCGCUCACUAGGCGGUGGCAGGAUAAUACUACUGAUUGCAAAGUAUCCCACGUGAUAUCAGAAAUGAUUAUAAUCAGCUGUAGCCGCCUCGCCUACGUAGGCCUGCUACAGAACGUAGAGACCGGCAUCUACGGCGCCCGGACCGACGGCGCCAGGUUCAAGGUAUCGCACCCCGCUGUGUACGUCGGCAGUCUCAUACUCAUAGGCUGCGUCAGCUGCGCGACCCUCACCUACAUCAUGUGCUACCCCGCCAUACAGAUGCCCAAGAAAACCAAACACGCCCUCAUCAACACUUGGAUAGCUAUAGGGCUACUCUGCUACAUGUAUACCCUAGGCAUCUAUCAGACUGAAGACGUCAAACUCUGUCAGAUUCUUGGGCUUUUAAUACAUUAUUUAUCCCUAUCCUGUUUGCUGUGGAUGUGUGUGUCUGCUAGCAACAUGUAUAAGUGGGUCACUAAGACCCACAACCCUGUGAGGACUCCUGAAGAUGAUUUACCUCCUGACGUGCCUGUUCAGAAGCCGAUACUAGGGUUGUACCUCGUCGGUUGGGGUAUAGCUUUGAUUGUCUGCGGGAUAUCAGGGGCUGUUAAUUUAAAGGACUAUGCAGGUUAUUCACAGUGUUUCCUAAGUACUGCCCCAGCGUUAAGUGCGUUGUUUGUUCCUGGUGGGAUUCUAUUAAUGUUUUUGUUAAUAUUAUUCCUGUUGAUACGGUGUACGAUCAGGAAUAUGAAUGUGCAGUUGUCUGAAGGUACUCAGGCGACGGAGAAUGUUGAUCUGGAAAUGUGGGAGCCCCAGAGUAAUGAGAGAGCGGAGAGGAGAAGCGUUAAAUCAACUUUGGACUCUGAAGUUGAAGAUAUCGAGCAUACGCCCAUCAUCCAGUUGAGGGCUCAGGUCAUUGUCAUGUGUCUGUACAUGUCCGUGUGGUCCUGUGGGGCCAUCGCCGUGUACAGACCCCUGCCAGCUUACUUACCGUAUCAAGAAGAUAUCUGCAGCAUAGUCUACGCAGUCUGCUCUACAGUUCUAGGCACCUUUAUUCUCUUCUUCUAUGGCAUUGCUAGAAGUGACGUCAGAGCACAAUGGUCCAUGAUGCAUUGUUACUUACAGAGAAGUAAGCAGUGCUGCAGGAAUAGAAGCGUUUUCGAUGCGAACCAGCAAAACUUGCCGCCGACACAGACGGCCACGCCCCCCAUACAGCCGAUACCCAAUGACAACAGAUCUAACUCUGGAAGCAGGAGUUCGAAUAGAACUAAUUCUAAGACGAACAACAGCGGAACUUAUAAAGCCGCAGCUGAACUAAACGGACAGACCUUACAGAAAGAUACACUGAAAAAUACUAACGGGAAAACCCCUAACAUCAACCUAGUGGUUCUACAUCGACAGCAAUACAGAUCAAACAACUCUAUGAUGACAUACCCUGAGAAUGGGUCGGUGGGACCCGAGAUAUUCUACAACCCGAACCAAAUGAAUGUCGCUAAGAAGUUCUUCAAGAAACAGAGGCAGAAUAUGAAGAGAAAUUGCCUAGAACUACCGACCAGGCGAGACUGCGACAAUGAUUCACAUUUCUCGCUACCUCUACCAACUAAAGAAGCUUAUAAUGGUGUAGCCAACAUAAUAAACUCGGGUUCUAAGGUCAACAACACAAACAUACACGUCGAGAGAUCUAACAACGGUAUAAAAGAAACAAGAAAUGUGUUGAACCCGAACCUUUUAGAGGAAGACUCGAAAGAUUACAAGAGUUACUCCACGGAUCGUAAGUCGUGGAACAAAAACGAGGAUCCUAAACCGAGCAGGGGUCAAAUAAUGAACAUAUACACGAAUGUCCCGGAAACUUUGGUGCCCCAACAUCAAGUGAUCAAAGCAAAUGUUCCGAAAAACUUUAACGGACAACGUAGCAGUGUGUCAGAGGAAUGUUUACAGAGUCACGCCAGUGAACAGCCUGAAAUGAGGACGAUAUCCCAGCAGUGCAGCUUGGAGUACAGCUCUGCAUCAGAGAUAGCCAUGCCGCACACAUGCUCAGAUCAAACACUAAACACCCAUUCUGAGUUAACCUCUUUCCAGGAAACUCACAGUGCCUUAUGUUCAACCAACGAAAUCACAGACACUGAAAGUUUCGGGCAGUACAUAGACUACUUGCAACCAGGCAAGCAGGAUAAGGAAAACGUCGUAGACAAAUCUCUACAGGACAUUUCUGAAGAGUGUACCAUGAACUCGGAUGACAUUAACAGGUCUAGCACGCCGCAGCAUUUAGACGCAGUGUCCGGCGAACUAGAUAACCUCCUACAAAAUCAAGAUAGAGAAGGGUCCAAAGAGAAAAUGGACGAUGAUAAAGAUACAUUCUUCAUGGCAAAGACGACGUACGACUUUGAAACGUGCAGCACGAACGCCAGCGAACAAGGCUUUGAGAACGAAAGCGAUAUUUACUGCCCUAACUACCAAAUGUCCGAAGUCAGUAUUCGGAGUCACGGCUUGUACGCGCCCUCGCCAUCAUCCAUGUGUCCAAACGAGAUCAGCUUCAGCAACGAGGACGUCUCGAACAUCGAGAGCCAGUACGUUAACUACGACCCUGGAUGGCGUAAAACAAUAAAGAGCAAUCCAAAGUUAGGAAAGUAUGUUCCAACACCAGCGUUAAGCUGUCCUGAAGUCAACAGGGACAGUAGUCCGGUGUCGUUCGCGAGCGAGAUAGAUGAACUUUAUACUCAGAUAACGAGUAGAGAGAGGGAGCGGGACAGAGACAGGACGCCGCGCAAGGAGGCGGGGCUAGACGUGACGUUGAACAGUGACGUCACGCUGAAGCCUGACAGUGACAGUUGUGUGAGCGAAGCUGUUUCGGAUGUUGAAAUGAAAGGGGAAACUACAGUGUAGCUAUAGUGUAUGGUUCUAAAGACAAUCUGAUACCUGAUGUAGGUAGUCACAAAGCCUUCGGUUAGUGUUUUCGAAUAAUUUAUGUGAACUAUUGUUGUGUUAUCAAAGGUAUACUGUUAUAUAUGAGCCAGAAAGAUAUUAUUCAAUUGUGAGCAGCUAUUACACGUUUAACACUUUAUUAUAGUGCGUGCUAGAUAUUAAUAACUAAUAUACGUUUUGUAAAUACAAGUUUCUUAUGACAUAGUUGAUCUUUUGAUUGUAUAGAAUCGGAGUUGUGGUUGAGAUUUUGUUUUAGAAUUACUAUUUCUUUCUAUUUAAUCUCUGCUGCAUUAUUGACUGAAGUAUUAACGAUGACAACCAGUUUGUGCCAUUUGAUACUUGCUUGCGAAAGUUGUUUUAAAAAUGUAUGAACCCAUUCGUAAAACAGGGGUCUACCGGCAUGUGUUAAAUGUAAUAUUACUGAGCACGUGGAAAGAUUUGCCGCUCUACACCGUGUCCUGCUCAGUCACGCUUCCAAAAGCAUAAUAUUAUUAAUUUAAGGCAUGGUGUAGACCCCGUUACGUGACGAAAAUGAGUUAUACUCGACAAUUAUCAAUGAUUCAAUUACGUAUUUAAGCUCAAGGGGUUUUAACUGAAGAGGUUGGAUGUCUGAGACAUCUAUGACGUCAUAGACAAAGAUUGUCAUAUAAAAAUAUUUAAGAAAAAAUCUGACAGUUCCACAUUCAUGUGAAACUAUUACGGAUUUUAUUAAAUACCGAUAACAUUUGACGAAAAAUAUUUUGAAACAAUAAUCGUAGGCAAGUAUUUGUAUGAUUUUCUUUUAUCAUUUAAGUUGUAUAUGUUAAUGUAUAGUUAUUUAUUAUUAAGUUUAAACAGUCUGAGGAGGGAAAGCUUCUGUCUUGUGAACUACGCUUGAGUUGAAUACGUAAAAUAAUAACAUGCUUUCUUUAUAUUGACUGGCAUAGAGAUUUUAAGAGUUAGGUAAUGAGGUAAUGAGAUUAUAUUCUUUGCAAGAGUAUUGCAAUAGAAAUAAUUUUGCGAUAGCAUAUGAUUUUAUCAAUAUUUUCACUCGUAAAUAACUCGCGAAAUCACUGCCACGAAAUCUCAUGAAUUAAGACUCCGGUUGGGUCCGAAAAUAGUCUGGCACCCCGAUAUCUACGCGUGAGUAAACCGUUGCAUCUCUUAAGUAUGAAUUAUUCUCACGAAAGUUACUAUUAAAAUAUAGCGGUCGUGUAAUUUCGUCUUUCUGCAAAUAACAUUGUGAUAUUGCUAGAUUCUCUCGUUGCUCUAGCAAGUUUGGUAAUUUCCUUGCCGAAUCAAAUACAACGUAUUUCUAAGACCUUUGAUUUUAAUAUCAAAAUAAAACUCUAGAUGUAGAGUCUUUAUGAAACACUGCCUUUGAUAUUAGCCAAGGUCAUAAAAACGCUCCAAUCAAUAUAAAUGAAAGUAUGGUUAAUAAUAUGAUGUGCCAAAUUCCAAUAGAAUUCUUUUAUUUGUACUUAUUACAAAAUUUUAUGGAAAACAUUGACUGAAAAUAGCACCCGCCUUAUAUCUAGUCUUCUAUUUGUUGGGGUUAAAUUGUAACUAUCUAUCAAGAAACACAUUAUUAAAUAUUAAAGAUAGAAAGCAAAAAUCAUCACUAUGUUUAGUUGUGAUAAAAGUUAAGUGAAAAAGUUGAAUCUAUAUGUCAAAAAUCUCAGGAAUUUUAUAAUUGGAAAUAUUUUGAAUUUUAAAUGAUAUAAUAAAUAUGUGAUGCCAAAACGUUUAAGUAUUAAAAAGAAAAUGUAUUGCUAGGAUAAGGAUAUUUCAAUUAAGUAGAUUUGUUUUUUAAUUUUCCAAUUUAGUCCAUUUUUAACAUGAUUGUGUUCUAGGUAAAAACCUCAAUCUAUUUAGAGUUAAUAAGAGUUACAAAUUGACCCCAUUCAAAAUAUCAAAUCAUUUCAAUUCUAACUCAUUUUUGUACACAGAGUAGGAAAUAUAAGAAAUUAUUCAGUAUGAACGAUUUGUGCCUAAUCUAUGUGUGGCCUAAGUAUGUUUUGGCUUUUGUAUGCUGUAACAAAUGAGAAAAAGCAUAAAAUUUAUCACGUAUAUUUAAAGCAGCUAUUUCUUUGUAUUGAAUUAACUAAUUUAUCAGCAAUAUGUAUAGUUUAUACGUACAAUAUGAUGUGUUCUUUAGAUUUAUUUUAGUGUAAAAUGAUCUCUUCCAUUUGUAUUUAAUAUUUACGCAUUUUUGUCGCAUAUUAUUUUCGAUUAUACCGACGAACCAGGUUAUGAAUUUUCUUGAUAAAAAUAUUUAUUAUUGCCAUCAGGUAACUUAAUAAAGUUGCCUGACUAAAAUUUGAAUAUCACUUUUUGUUUAUUUCUGUAAGGUAAUGGUGACUUGUAAGGGUAUUUGUCCAUCGAGUCCGACACGGGGAUCAAAAAGCUAUCGAGCCAGGCCAACCACGACGUGGAUCGUGGUCAACUACCACAAAAACCUUGAGUUAACUAAUAUCGGAAAUGUCAAGAUCGCGAAUCUUGACAUUUCCGAUAUUAUUUUCACUGUAAUUUUUUAGUGUCGUACGCGGUGGUCAAACACCCUUAGCAGUAUUACACUAAAUAAGUUCUCAUUUGUUACGUCUAUUGUAGAUAUAAAAUCGUAGCAAAGUUCUCUACAGCUAAUGUGAUAUAAAAUCUUCCUUUGGCGCAGUUGAAUGCGUCCUAAUAGUUUGUAGAUGCUCUAAAUAUGUAUAUUACAUGAGAUUUGUGAAUAUUAUAUUGAUAGUGGAAAUUUAUGAAUGGUUAGCUUUUGUGGGGCAUAUUGCGUAUUAAAGAGGCGUUUGCACUUUG